AUGGACGCAGUGGAGGGGAAGGAGUGUACCGCCGAGGGUGACGGUCUCACUGGGUUCACGGCGCAGCAAGUGCCAACCUCAUUCACCAUCGUCGCAGCAGGCUCCGGCGGCGCACGGCUCACGACCGGUGGCGGCUCCUUCAAGGUCAGCGUUCGAGGCCAGGCGGCUGUCAAAGAGCAGAUUGCUGACAAUGGCGACGGCACCUACACCGUCUCGCUCACGUACCCUCAGUCAGGGCGGUAUGAGGUCUCCAUCAGCCAUAAGCAUGCGCCUAUCCGUGGCUCGCCAUUCACUGUGCAGGUCCACGCAGCGCGCCGGCCGCCAGCUCCGCCGCCGCCACGCCUGUCCGCCGAUCGAUUGAGACUCGAAUGGGACGCGCCGAGCCACACCGGCGGCACGCCCAUCAAGACAUAUCGUGUCAGAGCGAUGGCACGCUCGCUCGGCGGCGGCGAUCCCACGCUCGUGUCAGAGCUGACCGGUGACGUGCUCAGCUGUGAGGUCCCGGAGCGAUUUCGCGGAGCGGACCGCGCCUCUGCUCUCUACCACGCCUUCACCGUCUCCGCCGAGAACUCAAAGGGUGAGAGUGAUCAAUCUGAGCCCGGGCCGCAGCCGAGACUGUUCGAUCGCGCGCGAAUCGAGGCGGAGCGAGACGCGAUGGAAGCCCUACACAACUCCCUCGCGUCGAACGGACCUGUCCCAAUCGGAGCUUUGGUCAGUGCUGUCGGUGAGGAUACCGCCGUGCGUUCCGCGGCGGCUGCGGCGCCCUCCGCACCAGAGGUGGCUGCAAGCGUCAUGGGUCGUCUCCGUGCCGCAGCGGCAAUGACGGACGAGGCAGAGGCAGUGCUUGCCCAUCAAGGCGAUGGGAUGGGCGCUGUGGCAGAAGAGGCCUCGAUGGCACUCUCAUCCGCGGACCUCACUGCGGCGAUGGAACAGGCCGAGGCGGUUGCGCGCUUGCUGCACGUCUGGGACGUUGCUACGGAGGCGGACGGAGGCGGCUGCAUAACAUGCGCCGAGUAUGCGGCGAGCGCCGCAGCCGACCCCGCCAUCGGGCGGGCCCUCGCGGCGCUUCCGACGCUACGCGUAGCGAUAGAUCAGCUCACGCAGUCUCAUGCGGGUGACCUGGCGGUCCGUGAAGCGGCGAGGCUAAAGGACAAAGCUACCGCGGAGGCGGAGUCGGAGGCGGCGAUGUCGGCAGCAGUGUCGCGCUGGGCCGAGGAGGAUGCAGCGCUCGACGCGGAGCAUCGCGCCAGGGCAGAGGAGGUGGAGGCUCGUGUCUCUGCGGCGAAGGCGGAGACAGAGGCGCGCAUCGGCGAGGCCGACGCGCAGGCGCUGCGCUGA